CCCACCCUCAUAUACCAGUGAUGAUAAACAGUAAAUCUACUAUUGGUGAUACAGUAUCGGUUUGGCCGGCAACGGUACUCAUACUAUUAGUAGUAAUGGUGUUUACUGACCAUCAUAUCGGCGGCGGCGGAGGAGGAGUAGGACAAGUGUCAGCAUUACAGGGUGUCCAGUGUCCGCCGAAACCCGACGAUAAUUGCGAAUCAAAUAUAACAAUACAUUCAUUUAGGUGUCGGUUAAAUAAAUGGUACGAAAAGGACGACGACAGUAACCAAACCAGACAUCUUAGACGGUGCUGCUCUGCAAUCGAUGAACUACUAAUGAGAUUUCAAUUGUUUUACCAGUUGUGUACAAUUACAUCGGAAACUGGUAUAAACGGUUCGUUUAAUAGUAUACUAUCCGUACGGCUAAACAAUUGCAAAACUAGUCAUCAGAUAGACUAUGAUAAGUCUGUAUGCGAUAGACAACCAGUCUAUUUGGAUAGCGAUAGUUGUCGUUAUGUUACAGAAAAAUUGGCCGAUAAAUCAUCGACGACAACCACCUCCACGACUACCGUUCCCUCCAGUACUGUAUGGACAAUCACUACAGUCGAUGAUACAGUCACUGCCUCCCCCUCCUCCUCCUCUGCCACUGAAAGCAGCGAUGGCAGUAGUGAUGACACAACAACAACAACAACAACACCAAUAGCUGCCAACACUGUGGAUACGGGAAGCGAUGGCACAGUUAGUACAGUAGCAGUAGUAGUGUUGACCAGUGAGGAGACAACUGGUGUUAAUAGCAGCACUAGUAGUAGUAGUAGUAGUAGUGAUGGUAGACCUGAUACGGGCAACGGUACUACUAUUUCUGGGACGACGACAUCGAUGGCAUCGACGACAACAACCACCAGCAAACCAUCCGAUAGUAAACUAUCAUUAGUUUUGAUAGUAUUGAUAGUAAUCGUAGUACUACUGGUUGUAUGUGUUGUUGUCAUUGUAUUGAUUUGCAAAUAUAGGAGAAGUCGACGACAACAACAUUAUUCAGUGGCCAAACAAAUGAGGACAGUUGGGUCAUCAUCACCAGUAAAUGCCAAUCCAGAAACUAUACGUUCAAUCAAUACUUGA